GUCAACGCUCUGUCUGUUUCAUUGUUUCUAUGCGAUUGCAAUGCCUUUGAGAUUGAGAUUGCCAUUCAUUGCCAUUGCAGACUGAUAUAGUCCAGUCAGUACAGCACAGCACAGCAGUCCAUCCAUCAGACAAUGAACUCCGCAGACGGCGCAAAUUGAGUUGACAUGACCACUCAGCGCACCUCAGCUGAACCUUCUACAACAAUGCUAUCUCGAGACAAUCAUCCACCUUCCUCUGCGCUUUUCACCUCUUUCUCAAUCGUUGCUGCUCAUCGAGUUCGAUUAUAUUUGCUUGUUGUAUUUGUGUUUGUGUUUUAUUGUAUUUGUGGUCACCAACUUCCUCAACACUCCUCAUCCCUCCUCACCUCUCCACCCCCUCCCACCAUCCCCCCAAUCCACCCAAAACCCCCAUCAAGGUUUAAUACCCCACCCAAUAUCUCCCCUUCAGCAACAUAUUUCGAAUCCCUCCCGUCGCCGUUUUUCUUCCACGGACCACUCGAACGUUUUUUACUCGUCUACCGAGGGUGUAACGGCCGCAGGCGAGAUGAGAUGAGAUUUGUGCGAGUGAUCGAGAGAGGGUUGGGAGGGAUGAAGUGGUGGAGGGUCGGUGAGUACUUGAUGUCGAUCGAUGCAAAACUCACACAGCUGCACUCCAAGCUCACAACUUCAAGCUCACAGCUUCAACUCUCGCAUACUUUUUAUACUACUCACAUGCUCUAGACCGAUUAAAGCUUCUCCUCCACGUGCGUUCAUCAGCUCUCGAUCGAAAGUCAAUCCUACCCAGCCUAUCGAUCGCGUGCGCGUGGAGGGGUCUGUUAUCCAGGGGUUUAUCAGCAGUAA